AUGCAUCGAUGGAUCGUGUGCGCUCCAUGCAUCGGAGUAUUCUCGAUAGUGUGGACCAAGUGCAGGACCGAACCAGCAAAAUUCUGCAAGGCAAAGCAAGAAAAAGAUCUUCUGCGAGCUUUUCGAGCACGACUGUACAGUGUGCAGGAGGAGCUUGAAUCGGAGAAAAACAAGACGGAUGAUGGUGCGUCUGCGUGGAUAGAGAAGAGCAAGCAGCUUGAGACUGAAGUAGAGUGGACGAAGGAACUGGCGGAUCGACUCGAUAGGUUAAAUCAGAGCUUGACUCGAGAAAACCAACGGUUAAAAACGCAGUUUUCCACGCAAGAGAACGAUCGCGAAUUUCUCGUCAAGCAACUUGUGACGGUCAAGAAGGACAACGUGUCGCUGCGAACGGAACUUGAAGGCCUACGCCAACAGUUAGAUCAGCUACGGGAGUCAGGACAACCGCAACAGCAACAAAACCAUCAUCACUCCCAGUCGCAGGCACUGUUUGCCACCGCCUCCGCGAGUUCCCUGCCGAAAGUUCAUUAUCGAGACUCAGCAACUAGUCUUGCAAUGGCUCAGCGACCUAAUACGGCGGGAGUCACGACGCUGACGAUGGCAUCGGACAGUGACAACCGGUACAAGGAAAUAAUCAAACGGUUGAAGCGGUUGCUGGAGGUGGAAAGAAGAAAUUUGCAACAGGUGCGCACAGCAUACAAACUCGAGUUGCAAAACCACACGGAGCUUGAAAUGGUUAUCAAAGAGUGCGUUCAAGACAUUCGCGGUGAGAUUGUGCACGUCUCGCAGCUCCCACUCGUGAUGCCGUCACACAGUAGUGGCAGUUUGCUAGGCAGUCCUCAGCACGGGCGACAAUCUGAGAGACGUAUGAGCUCUUCCGAGAGGCAACGACUGGUUGAGAAGCUGCUGGAGAAAGAGCAAUUGCUGAACUUGCUGACGACCAAGGCUGAUGGUAGGGAGAGGCAAUAA